AUGGAUGCUUCGCACGGUCAAACCUCGUGUGGAACAUUGCUCCAAAAACUGCAGUUAGUAUGGGACGAAGUAGGUGAGAGCGACGAGGACCGCGACAAGGUUCUGUUUCAGCUGGAUCAGGAAUGCCUGGAUGUCUACAAGAGGAAAGUUGAUCAGGCAAUGAAGUCGAGGGACCUUCUUCUCCAAGCACUGGACUACUCAAAGAUGGAGCUUGCCAGGCUUGCUUCUGCCCUCGGAGAGAAAUCAAUAGCAACAAGUCCUGAGAAAACAACACGGACGAUAAAGCAACAAUUAGCUGCUUUAGCUCCAACACUUGAACAACUGGGCAAGCAGAAAAAAGAGAGAAUAAAGGAAUUUGCUGAUAUAAUGUCAAGAAUCGAACAAAUUCGGGGUGAGCUUGCUGGCAGUCUUGAGAUAGGCCAGCAGGUGGCAAUACCACAAAUUAAUGAGGACGACUUGACAGAUGAGAAGCUUCGGGACUUUCAGUCUCAGCUUCAAGAGCUUGAGAAAAAGAAGAGAGAGAGGCUGAAGAAGGUACUUGAGCAUGUAAGUACAGUACAUGGUCUUUGUACUGUAUUGGGGAUGGAAUAUUUUAGCAUAAUAACUGAAGUUCAUAACAGUCUAGACGACUCUGUCAGUAAGGACCGCAAGAGCAUUAGCAGUGAUACCCUGUCAAAACUCGAUAGAACAAUAGCCACUCUUAAUGAGGACAAAAGGUUGAGGCUAAAUAAGCUCCAAGAGCUUGUCACUCAGCUAAAUGAUCUAUGGGAUCUCAUGGAUACACCAACGGAAGAAAGAAGCUUAUUUGACCAUGUUACAUGUAACAGAACAGCGACUGUUGAUGAAGUCACUGCACCUGGAGCACUUGCUCUAGACAUGAUUAAUCAAGUUGAGAUUGAGGUUCAAAGAUUGGAUAAGCUAAAGUACAGCAAGAUGAAAGAAAUCGCUUUUAAGAAACAAACCACAUUGGAAGAUAUUUAUGCCGGUGCUCACAUAGUGCUAGACACAGCAGCUGCCCAUGAUAAAAUAUUUGCGCUGAUCGAGUCAGGCAACAUGGAACCUACGGAAUUGAUCGCUGAUAUGGAUAGUCAGAUACUGAAAGCAAAGGAAGAAGCUCUGAGCAGAAAAGAAAUAUUAGAUAAAGUUGAGAGAUGGAUAUCUGCUUGUGAGGAGGAAAGCUGGCUUGAAGAUUAUAGCCGAGAUGACAACAGAUAUAAUUCAGGCAGAGGUGCCCAUCUGAAUCUCAAACGUGCCGAAAAAGCUCGAAUUCAAGUUAACAAAAUUCCAGUCCUUGUUGAAACUCUGGUGGCCAAGACUAGGGCUUGGGAAGAGAAUCAUGGUCUGUCCUUCACAUAUGAUGGUGUUCCUCUUCUAGCUAUGUUGGAUGAGUAUGUUAUGCUUAGGCAAGAGAAGGAAGAAGAGAAGAAGAAAAUGCGGGAACAGAAGCGGUACACUGAGCAACUACUGAACAUUGACCGGGAAGGGCCCUUCGGAACACGAGUCAGUCCUUACAGACUGGCUAGUGCAAAGAAGUUAGCUGGCCCGAAGCCCAACGGUAGCGUAACAAAUGGAUCCCCUGGUAGAAGACUCUCAAUCAGCACCCAGCAGAACGAAAGCAAGAGUUCCCGGUCUGCUGGUAAGGAUGGCAAGAAAGCUGCUGCCGCGGUAAAAACAUCAGCUUCCCUGGACGAAGCUGUAAUUGCGAAGGAAGAAGACACAUCCAUUCAUCACUCCGACACUGAUCCUAUCCCUUGCUCACCAUGAACUGUGCCCUCCUCUUUGUGCCCUGCCAAAAUUUUGUGUGUAUUGAGCUAGUGAUCUCUUGUUAGGUUCUGAACUUGAGUUUGAUCAUCUGAUGCCGAAUCUUGUGAUAACUGGUUUAGUGGCUUAGUGAUGUUCUAACCUCUGAGCGGUUGUAAUGUGUCUAGUUUGAAUUAUAUCUUUAGUAGUAGUA